AGUUUCAGGCCUUCUCACUGAGUUGCUUAAGUUUCGAGUCUUGGUCGUCAUCGUCGUCAGACUCCAACUUUGUCCGUCAGCAACCCUCUCCGUCUCUGAGUCUCUCUGUGUGUGUUUGUGUGAAAUCAUGAUCUUUGUUGAUGGGCUUCCCUUUUCUACAGACUCUUCUGCAUCGCCUCAGGGACGGGAUACUCUGGUUGCUCUACUGGAACACCCUGCUUUGGUAGAAGCCUCAAAUUCGUUCAAAGCUAUCCCGGAGAGGAGAUUCUCUGUACGUGAAGAGUCAGUUCUGGACACAUCGCCACGUAGUAAAUGGGUUUAUUUGUUCCAGAGAGAAUAUGCAACUGUUGAUCCGGCAUUGGUGGAUUUUGUUGGAACUGAUGAAGCAACAACCUGUAUCGGUGUGGCCAUCUGGAAUCCGAGAAAUGGAAUGACCUCAGUUGCUCAUAUGGAUUCUCCAAACAUUGUGGACACGGGUUUAUCCCAAAUGUUGUCACUUCUUGUUGACCAUAACACGGAUAUGGAGUUAGAUGUGCAUCUAGUUGGUGGAUUUGAAGAUGUUUCAACUAAUGUUUGCUCCAGGAUCCUCUACUUUGAAAACUUGGAUGGUUAUUCCUUCCCUUUAGGUGCCAAAAUUGUUGAAACUUUAUGGAAGAGACCGGAGAAAUUCCAUAUACGUACUCUAUGCAUUCUUGGGCAUAACACUAGAAGGGAUCCCGAGGGAAAUGCGUACCCAAACUUCAACGGUUUCAUGAUAGGAACUUCCACCGGAUCUAUUACCCCAGCUAUCUUUGACAAAACCUCAAGAUGCCCUGAUGAAGUUGUCAGGAGAAUUCGAGUUUCUGUAUCAUAUGAGGACUCUAGUUGGAAAGGAAAGUUACUAGAAACAUAUGAUACUCAAACUGAUCAUUUCAAGAUAGCUCCAUGUUGCUGGACACUGCAGCAGUUACAUUUUGCUUUGUCAUUACAACACUACUCUGAUUCAGAAAUCCUCCUCAUGUGUUCUACUUCACCCUCAGCUGAGAACCCAGAUUUUGUGGAGAAUAUGAGAAGGCAAUGGGACUACCUAAUUAAACACCCAGAUUGGAGAGAAACCUUUCCCAUGAAGCAGCCACGCAUAUUUGAGAGGACUGCUGAAGGUGGCUGGAGAAAGCCACAAGGUGCUGAUACAUCAAUCAGUAGGAGGUUCUAGUUAUUUUGCAAUCUUACCCAUGUCUCUAAAUUAUAAGUCCCGCAAUUAUUAGCAAACCAACUAAAUCAAUUUAGAUGAUCAUGCAACAAAUUUGAACUAUCAUGUUCUCGGCCUUUAAAAGAAGGAUGUAAGUUGGUAACUCAUCGCAAUCUUAGCUGUUUUUGUCAGCGAUUGCUUGUUGUUAACUGAGUACUUAUGUUGCAAUUUAAGGGUCUGUUUGAUAACUA